AUGGCUAACACGCCAACCGACAACAAUCCCUUUUACGAGUAUCUCGUGGACGACCCGGAGCAGAUGAUGGCUUCGACGCCGUUGUCCCCGCACUUUUCACCCAACGUGUUCGGAGGGGCCUUUGACGUCCGCGACCGCCCGCACCACGCCACCCGAUCCGGGAAUCAGGCCAUGUCGAGUCCAGGCCACGACCGGCCCGAUUCCAUCAAUGAAUCAGCCGCCACGAUCGCAGUUUCAGUCCCAGGUGUUCCUGGACUAGUUGUGAAUGCGCAACAAAUUUCGAGUCUUCAGCAACGGCUGCAACAACAACAGCAGCUCCAUCGUCCAGCCUUGGGGGGGUUGGGGGAGUUGGAGCUGACAGCAGCUGGAACUGGAACUGGAACUGGAGCUGGAGCUGGAGCUGGAGCUGGGUUAGCCGCUGCCGAGAACCAGGGUCACCACCAACAUCACCAAUUCGCCGCGCUGCAUUCACAGUUCGCUGAUCACCAGGGUCCGCUCGCCCUGCUCCAUGCACAGCAGCAAGGGCAUCGACAGGCACCUGCCACAUGGUUCCCGCCCGGGUAUGGGGCUCCGUCGUACCGUGACAGCAGCAGCAGCAGCCAGUACUACCAACAGCAGGCCGCUGCAACGGUCUCUUCCUCCUCCCCAUCCUCCUCCACAGCCGUCUCCGUUGUAGCCAAUCCGCCCAUCAACAUCACUGCAGCGGGCGGCCUGAGCAACAGCAAUACCGGCGCGGGCGGAGGGCAGCUGUUCGACUUUGGCUUUGCUGCACCACAUCCAGCUGAGCAGUCAUUCCUUGGCGGAGACUAUGCCGACAUCACGCCACUUUCCACAGCGGCAGCAGCGGCAGCAGCAGGAACAGCAGCAGCACUGACAGCCCAUCCGCAACCGACUGCCACCUUCGACUUUCACUCCUCGCCAUGGCGUCCGAGGCUUCAGGACAGCAGCUCCGUCACCCUGACUCCCAGCAUCGCAGCUGUCGCCGCCGCCGAACUGAAUCAGGACAUUCACAAACACAGCAAGGGCAGCAUGGAGGACGACAGCGACGUCAAGGAAACCUCGUGGGCCGACGGAGAUGACGAUGACGAGUAUCGGAGGCGUGCAGGCGUAAGCAGCAGCACAUCGCCUCGGCCCCGGAGACAGCAACGUAAAGGCAAGCGCCGCGCCGUAGCCGAUGCCGGUGCUGCUGAUGGCGCCGAGGACGAAGACGAACCCACCAGCCCUGCGGGUCGGACCAGCGUCAGCGGCCGAUCCAACAAGUCGGUUUCGGUGGCGUCGACGACGGGUACCAGCAGCAAGACGGCAUCGGCCCCGCGCCUGCGCAGCGCCUCCCGCACAUCCAAAAACGCAUCCCAGAAGCCGGCCGAGACCGCCGAGGAACGUCGCACGCGCGCAUCGCACAAUCUCGUCGAGAAGCAGUACCGCAACCGACUAAACGCCCAGUUCGAAGGGCUGCUGAACGCGUUGCCGGAGCAGGUGCGCGGGCCAGCCAGCACCGGAGACGGAGGAGGAGGCGGCGGCGGCGGGGACGAAUCGGAUCCACAGCCGGCCGAUCAGGAGCGGCGGGUCAGCAAGGCCGAAGUGCUGGACAUGGCGCGUCGGCACAUCAAGAGCCUCGAGCGGGAGCGGGACGAGCUGCAACGUGAGCGGGGAGAUUUGCUGCGCAACUUGGAGAUGAUGGAGCGGGAGAUGGCCGCCAACGGAGCCGGCCGGCUGGACGAGUUUCUCGACGUCGAGGGGCCCCCGGGCGAGCAAGGAGGACCGUCUUGGAGGAACGCGUGA